AUGCCUCUUACAUUGGAAGCUACGCCUCCUGACGGGCUAAAGAUGUCCCAGUGCAUCAAUUGCAUCCGUCAUGCCACUUGCCUGACGGACCCCAACGUCGUCGUCCCGAGGAUAUUUUGCGACUUCACUACCAUGUAUGCCACAGCGGCCUGUCAGAGAUGUCUCGACGAUUACGGCGGUGGAGAUGGUGCACAUCAAUGCUCCCCUGCACCAGCUGCAAUGCUCGGCAAUCAAAAGGAGCUGUUCUUGCUUCUCGACUGGAUCUCUCCGCUCGUGGAUCUGCGGCGGGGCAGCACCAGUCUGGACGGCGAAGCCAGUCUCCCAGGCGGAGACCGCAGAGAGGCAUUCAUAGAUAUCAUCACCAGCUUGUAUGACCUGAUCUCGAGUUUCCUGGUGGCCGAAAAGGCUCACCGAAACCAGCAUGGGCUUCAACCGCAGGGUCCAACCACAGAAAAGGUCAACUGCGCGUUGCUCGACUCUGUGGACCACGAGCUUCUAUACCUCAGGCCCGGAGACUCUGGCUAUGUGAUUUGGGCACUGGCGAAGGAUACAUUCAUCCUGAGAGUGCGCUACACCAUCACUUCUCGACUAAAUGCGAUGGCGGAGUGUGCUUCCAGAAUCCUGGACAACACCCCAGAGUCACUUCACAACGACGUUUAG